AUGGUGCAGUCGCUGGUCUGCGACAUCGAUGUCCCCAGCUUGACCGGCCGGCAGGACUGGCCGGCAGGACUGGCCGGCAGGACUCGGCAGGGCCGGCCGGACUCGGCAGGGCCGGCCGGCAGGACCGGUCGGCAGGACCCGGCAGGGCCGGCCGACAGGACCGGUCGGCAGGACCGGUUGGCAGGACCGGCCGGCAGGGGCGGCCGGCAGGGCUGGCCGGCAGGAUCAGCCGGCAGGGGCGGCAGGACCCGGCAGGACCAGCCGGCAGGGGUCAGCAGGACCCGGCAGGGGCGGCAGGACCAGCCGGCAGGGGGCAUUCCCGGAGAAGAUGGUCGAGUGUUUGGGAAGUGGAUUCGUCGCAAGGACAAUGAUCGUUGUCUUUGA